AUGGUGCAGGCUUUGGCAAAAGUUCAUGUGGGCACUGUUUGGCAAAGCGAGUUGACGCGCUUGAAUGAAGAAGAGCUGCUGGGGUUUGAGUAUUUUCAGAACCCAACCGAUUAUUUCAGCUUACGUAUCGCAGAAGUGCUUCCGGUUCAGCAAGGCUUCGCGUUGACAUCUUCCAAAUCUUUCGUGCUGCAGCGCCGGGCUGGUGUUGUGCAAUUUAAAGAUCCAUCCACGUUCUCGGUGCAGCUAGCAAGCUUGACAGUGCCAUUUUGGCCAUACUUGCCGGGUGUGGAUUUGUCCAGAGUUGCACUUGCAUCAGCAGGGCAGACUGUGUCUGCUGGACAUGUGCUGGCCAAUGUUUGGGGCUUGAAUGCGGGGAAGGCAGAUGCCGAGUCUUGCUUAGUAGUUCCAUUGCCGGAGGCAUUGUUGCAGAUGGUUCUGCACGGUGAGUGGAAAUACAUUCCGUUCCUUGGUCGCUGGCACGCUUUGCUGUCAAAUCUUCCCGAGGCUAUUCAAACUUCAGUGGGUGUGUCAGGGCAUGACCCUCCUGACCCGCAAGAUGGACGAAUUUCGCAAGCGAAGCUUUUGGAUUUGAUGAAGAAAUUGCAGUGCUGGGCCCCGGUUUUGCUUCGAGACGAUGUUGAUGAUCAGCGAAAGCUUGAACUUGUGGGGGCUAUUCGUUGGCUGGCCAACGUUCGGGCUGCUUUGCCUGGCGACCACCUGGCCAUCUCACGGCCGAAGCUUCUCUAUGGUUCCUUGUUCUUGGUGCGGUGCAUGCUGAUGACAAGAUUGAUGCCGUCGUAUAUUAACUUGAAAGAGGUUGCUCUGGGAUCUUUGCAGUUGCUUUUUCCCAACCUUUUGAAGGAUUCGCUAGAGCAUCUGUGGAACAGCAAGCAUUUGUUUCCAGGAGAAGGCAGCAAACACAAGAUGCGCCUUGCUUUGGAUGUCGCGCUGUUGCUCUGGAAGCGCACGAAAGAACAGGGUGAAGGACCAUUCGUGCGAUUUGCCGGAGCCGAUUCGAGUCCCCAGCACGGCGUGAACUGGCUCUUGUCAUCCAGUCUUAGUGUGCGAGCCGAUAGGAUGAUUGAGGUUUUUCGUGUAGUCCAACGCUUGAUCGCAGAGGGAGAACGCAGGGCGCUGAAUAGUGAUCAUGAGCUAGAGCUUCCAUCCGAACAGAGCCGGUCUGAUCAUGCGUUUCUGCUGGCCAAUGUCAGGUCGGAGCAUGAUAUGCCCGUGGCUUUAGGGAGCGGGGCUGAAGGCACAGCUCAUAAGUGUGCAGGCAUGCUGCAUAAGUGGGCACUUCUUGUCGGACACAGCGACCGCUUGCAAGAGCAUUGUGACUCCUUCUUCUCUUUUUGCAGUGACAUGGGUGCUGAGCUCGGCGUCGGGCAUUUCCGGGUGGACGGCUUGAAAAGCUUAGUGCCAAGUUGGGUGCAGCAUGAACCAAUGCAAUGUGACUUGCCAGAAGCUUGUGCACUGCCAGGCGCUAUGGCCCCAGCAUCAGCCGGUUUGCAAGCUGACUUUGUGAUGGACCUCGAGAGCCCAGUGCCUGCAGGACCUGCAGGUGCAGUCCCUGUCCCUGCCGUCCCAGAAGACAGGUCCUCGCAGAAUGAAGGCCAGGACAACCAGGCAUGGCCGCCUCCCGCAGAUGCCAGUGAUGUUAUGUUCCUGCGUAAUGCCAUGUCUGUGCCAGGGUUGCUUCACAUCGUCAACAAUGCACUAUUGGAAGUUUCGAGUAAGCUUUCUCAUUUCGAUGCAUUCUUCCAGCAGUUGCAGGAGUUUGAAGGCUUGGUUACUUGUGGUCGCCUGUCGCGUUUCGUGAACUACUGUGUGAAGCCUUCACCGCUGGCUUUGCAAGCAGAUGAGCUGCUUCAGCGCAAGUUCGGUAGGCUGUACCUGAAACGGUGGGGUGAGGUGGUGAACUUCUGCAAGCGUCUUGCCCCAUUUCUCCAGCUCAUACGAUGCUGUUGGAAUGAACGUUCAUAUCGUGGCAAUGUGCAUGGAGAUGAGGACGAUGAUGCCGGUGAGCAGAGGGGAAGCGAGACCCGAUUCAGCCCAGAACGGUUUAGUGCUGUUCUUAAGGAUCCAGUGUUUUUCGGGUAUUUCGACAUGAUUCUCAUGCUUAGCGGUUGCAUUGAGCAAGUCUCACAAUGGGCAGAAAGUUGUCCGUGCCAUCAGGACCUGCAGUUAUCUUCGGGUUUCCGGCGAUUCGAGAACAGGGGCCGUUAUGAAGCAGAAACAAACUUCCGCAGAGCACGCCGGCAGUUACGGGCCUUUUUUGCAAGCCAGGCGGAAACUUGUGUUAUGAGGGGUAAACGAUUACCUGAGCUUGUGGCUGACGGACUUCAGCUAGUCUUAGCAAACUUCAGUGACCUGGCGCUGACAGGGCUGAUGCAAGAACAUAGACCCCAUAUCUCUGAUGCAGACUGGGCUACCCUGGUUGCCGACUUCGAGCAUGGUAGGAGCCAUGCUGAGCUAGAAUUUUCCUUGAAACUCGACUGGACUCGGCGAUUGCCGUGGAAACUGGCCUUGCUGGGGCACCGGGAUGUGGCAAAAGCUAGGCGGGAAUUGCGCUUGGUGAUUCAGGAAUUCGAUUCCCAGAUCCCAGAACUUCAGCUCCACCAUCACAGCCUGACCCGUCACUUGCUGUUGAAGUCUGGCAACAUGCGCAGAGAUAUCGAUAUGUUUCUUGCAGGACGUUCUUUGCAGCAGCUUCCACGUUUGGAAUUCGUAGCCGCGUGCUUCCGAUUGGUUCAGAUUACUGAACGAUCUUUCGAAGCUGCUCACUCAAUUGUCAAACGCAAAGUUCCGCCAAAUGCUGCCGGGCCUGUUGUCAGUUUGUCACUGAGGCUUCAUGAUCUCGCUCGUGCGAUCAAACUCGAGCCGUCUGUGUUAGGUGAUGUUGCAGCACAGUUUGCACAAGCUCGGCGGGUCAAAUGCAUUCUUGGCCUCAUGGGCUUAGCUGCUCAUCCGGAUCUUGUGUUGUGCAGGGCAGAGACUUGGAAACUUGUCAAAGUCUUGAACAAGGUAUUGUAUCGGUCCGAUGUGUCAGGUCAGUUCCCAGAGCUUCGUCACGUAGAAGCCUGGCAUAAGCGCGACAAAGACAAGCAGCAAAGACAAGCAGACAAGUUGCUGCCAAAAGAAACUUUGUCGGUGACGUACGAGAAUCUAAGGGCCAAGGCUUUGCACUCCCAUUUUUUGGCAGUCGCCGAGGCAUCUCCCGAUGCGAUGUUCGCAUUGCCCUGCGAGGCUUUGAAAGGAAGUGAGGUGGGUGAGGUGGGAGGUGAGAGAAGAAGCGCUUCUCUCCUGCGUGAUGUGCAUGCACGCUUGACCAUGUCGGACACAACCUCAGCAGCUGCUGCAGGUGGUGGCUUGAGUGACUUGAGUGGGUUCACGAGCGAUUUAGCAUUGGAUUCGCCUUCGCUGCCGCCCGAGCCUAGGCCAUCAAGUGGCAGUGGGCUCGAAGCCAGACCCCACAUGCCCGGGCCGCCCGGGCCCGCACUCCAGGGUCGCGAGUAUUGCUAUUUCAAAGUGCUGCACGCAAAUCCCAGUCGGCGCAAAACCAUGACCUUGUCGGCCGCUGCUGCUGGCCAACGUGGCCGGCUUCAUGCAAACGACGUUGCUGUAAGUGUCCAUGAGGAAUGUCCGUUACAGGAUCCCGAUUCUCCAUGUUUGUCGUUGGCCCCGCAGGUCACUGAAGGAGGUUCAACAGCACAGGUUCUUGCGAACUUGCCCCAGUUCAUGUUGUUCGACGAUAUGCGCCAGGGUCUGCUUUGUAGCCGUAGCCCGGCCGCCGAGCCUUCAUCGGAUGCAAAGCUGCUUUACAGCUUUGCUCAGCAGGGUGUGGUAGAGAGCCUUGACUUCCGGAACGUGUCCAAGAUUGCCACAAGCCUUGUCGGGAAGGAAGCCUUCCCCGGUGCACCUGUUUGGGUUAAUCUCCCUGCCUCCCCUGACUUGCGAGCGUUGGUUCAGGCCGACUUGCUUCAAGUGCGCCCAGGCCAACCCGAGAACUACCAGUUGACAGGGCAAGGCUUGGCGGCAUUGACCAUGUUCAAGUCGUUUGGUCAGUUUGCAGCAGUGAGUGAUAUCACACAUGAUCUGAUAGAGCUGCCGGCAGUUCCGCUUCCUGCUCCAGUGGCCCCUCUGGCUCUGGAGCAUGACCUUGCCUUGCCUGACCGGCCUGACCAAGAGACCGUCCCGGUCCCUCCCCGGCCCCGGCCAGAGAGGCGUGCCAGGAAACGCAAGCAGCUAGCACGGCAGGAGGAAAUCAUGGGGUCCGAAUGCGAGCUCUCACCAGCUCAGAGUGCCAGCAGUAGCGACGGUGAGAGCAUCUUGCAGGAUCUUCUGGAGGCCAUGCGCCGGGAUGUCCCAAACUCUCCCGUGACACCGGGGGCUCCGAGUCGCAUUGAUGAUGAGCAGAGUGCAAGGCCUGCAGUUCGGAACAAUGAGGACGAGGACCUCCGUGGUGGUGACUUCGACCCAAACCCUGAGCCUGGGACUGAUGCUGAUGCAGCACCCUCAGAAUUGCCAGCUUUGGCAAGGGCAAGUGCAUCCAGACCUGAUCCUGAGAGAAUAGAAGCGUCUGCUGCAGAUGGGCUGGAUGGAGGAUAUCAGCGAUCCGCGGAAUGCCUGGGGCCUGGACCGUCCUGGGCCAUCUUGCGCGGUGCCAUCGUGCGACAGCUUCAGAUGCAGAUCCAGAUCCAUGCCAGCAAAUGCCAGAGCCCAAUCCUCGUUUUGCGCACCGAGUUCAUGAUCGAUGCGGUCUUUGCCGUCCUCGUCAUCUCGCUUCGCGUGGAGUGCCCUGCGGCCCUUUCCGGGAUCCCCGACCCCUUCGCUCCUUUUGCAGGCUUGACCUCUUCGAUCGAUCACCAGCUGGAGCUGCAGACGAUGUUUGCUGUGAAGUGCCAGGAGGCGUACAAGCGAGCGAUGCCGGGAGGAGAGCCGCGACUCGCGGUGAGCUUUUGCGAGUGCGUCCGGGAGCCGCCUCAUGAGACGGCUGAGACAGCGGAUGAGCCGAGUGGCAGCGGCAGUGGUGGCGUGGCGAGUGGCAGCGGCAGUGGUGGUGCUGAUGGCUCGGCUGGUCUGGAGUCCUUGGACUGA